CGGGGCGAGAGCCACGAGUGCGGACGCCUUGCUCCAGGGCCACCUGUUGCUGUUCUGGAGCCUCCUCCUCCUCCUCCUCCCUUGGGCAGCCCAAUUGGGAAGAAGCUUCAGCCCCUCUCUCUCUCUCUUUCCUCCUCCAAGAACCGGGGCUCUCCAUCGUCUGCGCGGAGCCGCCGUCGGAGCCGGAGCUGGGAAGCCAAAGGAGGCGAGGAAGAGGCCAGGAGCCCCAGCCGCCCUCCUUUCCCGGGACCCGCUUCCCUCCAGGAGCAGUUCCGAAAGGCCCUCCAUUUUAGGCAGCCGGGAGCAGGUCCUCCUCCCUGGCCUUUCCUUGGCAGGCAGCUCUGGGAGAAGCAGGCGAGGCUCUGGCCCUGGGCUGCUGCUUCUCUGCUGCUCGGAGGGUCUGUCUGGGUGUUUGUGUGAAAGGGAAGGAGACCUCCCUGGCCCUGGAGGGACCCUGCAGGGAGGAGGCCCAGCUGCCGAGCCUUGGUUGGCAGGGGCUGGAGAAGAGCUGGUGCCCAGCGCUGUGGCCUCAGGGCUCCCUUAGGGGCAGAUGGAGGGCAGCUGAGGUCCCUGGCCCCUAAGAAGGAGCUGCCUGGCCCCUGGGAAGCCCCCUGGGAGAGGACCCAGAGAGGAGCCUGCCCUGAGGAAGCCAUGGCUCUGCUGGAGGCCUGCCUCUCUCUGCUGGUGAUGGCACUGACAGUGGUGGGCAUCACUGCUUGCAGGAGAGUGGCCCUCCAGGCCCUGCCCCACAGGCCCCAGAGCCAGGGCUUCUUCUUGGAGCUCAGCGGGGCCUUCCAGAUCGCCGCCUGCACCCACGAACUGCGCCUGAUGGCUGAGCUGCCCCCCCAGCCCCACCUGGCCCUGGCCCUGACUUACCUGCUCACUGCCCUCCAUGGCCUGACUUUGCUGGGCAGCCUCAACAACCCUUCCAGCAGCUUCCAGCUGUUCUUCAAGGGCAGGCUGACAGCCAAGACUUGGGGGCUACAGACUGCGGCCCACUUUGCUGGAGCCCUCCUGGCGAAUAUCUACAUCAGACUGAUCUGGACAUUGGGGAUGGCACCUGUCCACUCCAGGGCCCUGGCAGAAAGCUGCACCAGCCCCAUCCAGACCACCCUGGCCAACGCCUUCGUCCUGGAGCUCCUCUUCUCCUUCUUGCUCCACCUGACUUUGCUACAGGUUGAGUCCAUGAAUCACAAGACAAAAAGCCAUUUGGUUGCUCUGCUGAUCACCACCUUGGUGUACGAAGGUGGACACCUCACAGGAGCCAUAUUUAACCCAGCUCUGGCUUUUUCUAUGCACUUAAGUUGCUUCAGUGAAAAAUUUUGGAAUUAUAUACUGGUGUAUUGGAUAGCUCCAUGCAUAGGGUCUGUGUUGGUGGUCAUAGCAUGGGAUGAAAUCCUUCCUCUGAUACGAAGAGAAGCGUAAAAUUUAGAGGAGUGCUUUUAAGAGACUGUGAGCGACAUUUUGUACACACAGAAGACAUCCAGGAAACUGGGCAUUUCUACAGCUUUCAGACACUUAUUCUGGAACAUCCUUACACAGUUUUAUUAAACAGUAUUUACUUGUGCCCUUGAACACACAAGACUGAUUUUUCCAACCUGAGCCAUGGUUUUAAAUUUCAAAUACGUGUUAACUUUAAACAAGAUGGUCUCUUUUUGACCUAUCCUCCAAACUUAAAGAGGGGAGAAAAUUAAAAUAAUAUCUGGUAAAUGAA